UUCGAAGUCAUACCACCUCGACGCUACUCUGGCGCCAGUCGUAAUUUGUGCCUCUCGAACGGAUCUGCUCACGGAUCUCCUCACUGAUCGCAGACCAGCAUACCAUCUAGCGACUCCAAGCAGGACAGUAUUACACCCAACUCCUCCAGUAAUUCGGCCUCCUGUAUCUUUCACUCCCCCGGAACAGUUUCUUUCUUCCAAGGAUUUGUCAUGGCCACCAAACGGCUCUCGAUCUCGGUGCUUCUCCUGCCACUCUUUGUCGCUCUUCUCCUCAACACCUUCCCCGCAGCAACCGCUCUCCCUGUCCGACGAUCCCUCCUAGGCCGCCUCCUGAAGCCGCUUCUAACCCACGUCGGUCUCGGGAGCACGGCAGCGCUACAAGGCAGUACGACUACUAGCAGCGUCGCCGCGUGGAGGGACGUGUAUCGGCGGCAGCUUAUAUCGAGGAUCGAGCCUACGGACGACAAGAAUCUCGUCCUUCCGCCCGCAGCCAAGACGCGGGUGACAGAAUCGAUAUCGACUGGGUCAAUCGCCGCACCCGCCGCCGCCGUCACCGCCACCACCGCCACUCCCAGCACCAAUAAGAAUUCACCCGUUUCUGCAACCGCCGCCACUCCGAAUGCUAACGCCGCGCUAAAACGUGCCUCGAGAACCGCACCUAAGAAGAGCGCGUCUGAGAAGACCACGACUCAGAAGAACGCGACUGCAGAGAGCGCGACUGAGAAGAUAACGGUUUCAAGAGUUCUCCCACAGGCCACCGUAUCUCAGAAGCGUUUGCCCAUCCGCCGAUCCGUGCUCUCAGACAUGGCGCCGGCGUCAGCACCAGCCCCAGUCCCCACCGCCCCCAGGCGCCGCAUGAUGCGCCGCUCCCUCCGCCACCAGCUCCGCCGCCGGUCCGCUCUCUCGGACAUGCCCGCGUCAGCGCCCACAGCCCCCCCACCCACUGCGGCUAGCGGCCGCCAACUCCGCCGCCAGCUCCGCCGGUCUAUGAUGGCUUCUGCUCCCGCGUCCCAGCCCUCCGUUCGCGGCCGGUUCAUGCUCGAAUCGCACGGCGAUGAUCAUCAUCACGCGCCCCGCGACCAGGCCCUCUCCAGCGCUCCUUGCCCCGAGGGCCCCCAAGAGCCUCCCCGCGGGGAAGAUUUUGCGCCGUUCCCCCUCGAAUGCUGGAACCCUAAACCCUCCGCGUGUGACCUGGCUUUCGACGGAUCGACGGACGAGAUUCCUACGAUCACUCUUCCCUCUUUGGUGACCGAUGCACCGCUCGAUAUAACGCCAUCCGAGAUUGUGUCAAUCGUCGGCGGUACGCUAGCGGAAGUGGCGGAAGCGAAGGGGAACAGCUCAGCUCUGGUUUGCGCGGAUGUCCCUAGGUUUGAUGGAAUUGCACAAGUUCCCGACGGCGUUUUUGAGAUCCGCGGGCCCAGCGAGCUCGUCUACAACGGGCAGCUGAUGAAAAGUUAUUUCGAAAACGGCGAGAAUGAUCAGUGGGUGAACGCGUUCCGCUCCGGAGCUGCCAGAGAAGACGGCGCGCUUGUACGCGUUCAGAUCGGAUCCGCUACACUUAACGUUUUCGGAGCGGAAGUAAAGGUCGGUAUGGACGACAAAAAUACCCCUUCUGGCUCGGAAUUAUCCAACAGAAAUUUCCCCGAUAUAAGCCCUGGCCCGUUCGCCGACGAAUCCGACGGCGCAAGCAGCGCUGGUGGCAGUGAUGCGAGCGACGGUGCAGCUGACGAUUUAGGCGAAGACGAGAUCCUCACUACGAACAGCGAUGAUCUGCUCGCUGCUCCCGAGGGCGGUAGAUAUCUUCCUUAUGAGCGACGCUGCGUGCUGUUUAGGGUGAAGAGCGCUUGAAAGCUCUGGUAGCAUGCUUCCCGUAUACAGUAGUCAGUGUGCAGUUACAUUUGUAUAGAUAGGUAUGCUUUCUAUUU